GCUUAAUGCUUUCAAAAGUUUCGGAUUCUUCUGAUAAAAUCUUUAUAACAAUGACAGUGACGUAAAUCGCUAAAAAUUACCUUACUUUUACUUACAAUGUUUCAUUCGUCUUCCACAAUUCACUCAACGACCAUAUUACCGGAGUGAUUGCAAUUUUAGAAAAAUGAGACACCUCUACUUUCUCGUUUUUGGUUUACUUUCCUACAUUGCACCAAGUCUUUCCCAGGAGCAAUUUGUCCGAUUGUUUACCGAAGUCGGUUGUCAAGGGAGUAGCAGCACGCCAUAUCUUGGCAAUAGCUACGGGCCGAUCCCAACUGAUGCAGCAUAUUUGGCAUACCAAAUUUUUGGACUUUGGAUAGUCAAUCCCUGUCCUUUGUAUCCGUCAUGCGACGCCUUCGAUAGUCCUCCAACACUCGGACAAGAACCUGUUUGUGAGGAUUACACAUUUCCUACAGGGAGUGGAAUUUAUGUCUCGCGUUUUGGUGAUGCUAACCAAGCUGCAAAGUCCAUCGUAUUUAACUCGGCGGCAAAUUUAGAUGGAACUCCAAGAACAAUUUCGGAGUCGAUUGAAGAACUAAAUCUUAGCUAUGUUUCUUAUUUUCACACUGGAAAUCAUAGUUGGACGUUGUAUGAAGGUCCCAAUUUCGAUGGAAAUUCGAGGUGUAUCACAGCCGACCCUGCUGUUAAUGAGCGGGGUUACGGGAUAACUUAUGUAGCGAAUGAGGCAGGUACCGUCGGGAGUAUUCGAGAAGGGUGUGAUCCUCUUGUAACAGAUCCAACUGCACCGACAACCAUGCCCACAGCAACACCCCCCACGUCCCCAACUACAGAUGGCCCCACUUCAACUACAGAAAAUCCAACCAGUGGUCCAACUACGCAAGAUCCAACUAGCGGUCCAACCACGCAAGAUCCAACCACCGGUCCAACUACGCAAGAUCCAACCAGCGGUCCAACUACGCAAGAUCCAACCAGCGGUCCAACUACGCAAGAUCCAACCAGCGGUCCAACUACGCAAGAUCCAACCAGCGGUCCAACUACACAAGAUCCAACCAGUGGUCCAACUACGCAAGAUCCAACCAGCGGUCCAACUACGCAAGAUCCAACCAGCGGUCCAACUACGCAAGAUCCAACCAGCGGUCCAACUACGCAAGAUCCAACCAGCGGUCCAACUACGCAAGAUCCAACCAGCGGUCCAACUACACAAGAUCCAACCAGUGGUCCAACUACGCAAGAUCCAACCAGCGGUCCAACUACGCAAGAUCCAACCAGCGGUCCAACUACGCAAGAUCCAACCAGCGGUCCAACUACGCAAGAUCCAACCAGCGGUCCAACUACGCAAGAUCCAACCAGCGGUCCAACUACGCAAGAUCCAACCAGCGGUCCAACUACGCAAGAUCCAACCAGCGGUCCAACUACGCAAGAUCCAACCAGCGGUCCAACUACGCAAGAUCCAACCAGCGGUCCAACUACACAAGAUCCAACCAGUGGUCCAACCACGCAAGAUCCAACCACCGGUCCAACUACGCAAGAUCCAACCAGCGGUCCAACUACGCAAGAUCCAACCAGCGGUCCAACUACGCAAGAUCCAACCAGCGGUCCAACUACGCAAGAUCCAACCAGUGGUCCAACUACGCAAGAUCCAACCAGCGGUCCAACCACGCAAGAUCCAACCAGCGGUCCAACCACGCAAGAUCCAACCACCGGUCCAACUACGCAAGAUCCAACCAGCGGUCCAACUACGCAAGAUCCAACCAGCGGUCCAACUACGCAAGAUCCAACCAGCGGUCCAACUACGCAAGAUCCAACCAGCGGUCCAACUACGCAAGAUCCAACCAGCGGUCCAACUACGCAAGAUCCAACCAGCGGUCCAACUACGCAAGAUCCAACCAGCGGUCCAACUACGCAAGAUCCAACCAGCGGUCCAACUACGCAAGAUCCAACCAGCGGUCCAACUACACAAGAUCCAACCAGUGGUCCAACUACGCAAGGUCCUACAAGCGGUCCAACUACUACAGAUAUCCCAUCCACGGCGGCACCAUCCACACAACAAUAUGUCCGGAUAUUCCUGGAAACCGGUUGCCGAGGAGAAAACAUUCAUGUGACAAAUGCUGGAGGACUUCACACAAUUCCUGGAACUACUAAUUAUGCAUCGUUUGAAGCAAGUGGACUUUGGGUAGUUCAUCCCUGUCAAUCUCCCGUCCAAUGUGAUCAGCCAUACCUUCCACCGGUACUAGCGAACAGUCCAAUUUGUGUGGAACGAGAAUUUCAGAGCGGUACCUAUGUCUACGUCACCCGAUUCGGGGAUGCUGACCAGACAGCAAAACAAAUUACUUUCUACCAGGAGACUGAACUUAACGGAACCCGACGAGUAUUAUCUGGGGAUUCGGCGGACGUUGGGAUCAGCUAUGGUUCAUACUUCCUCACAGGAAACCAUGUGUGGACUCUGUAUGACAGCUCUAAUUACGAAGGGAAUUAUCGGUGCAUUUUGCCAGAAACCGUGGUUGACGAGAGGGGAUAUGGUAUCACAUAUCGUUCAGAUGAGUCCGGUACCUUGGGAAGUAUUCGUGAGGGAUGUUGGCCUUCUGUGACCGACCCAACUGCAACAACAGGGCCUACAACACAACCAACCAGCGGUCCAACUACACAAAAUCCGACCAGCGGUCCAACUUCCGCCACCACAACUUUAGUCCCCGACACAUUUGACUGCUCAAAUCGCACCGACGGUGUUUAUCCACACCCUUCAAGUUGCGCGUCGUUUGCCAUUUGUGAAGGAGGAACAAGCACCUCUUACCAAUGUCCGGAACCUUUAUUAUUUCAUCCCAUUGAGUUGCGAUGCGUCCUCUCCGAUUGGGUCAUCUGUGAAUUGCAAUGUUCUGGAAGACCAGAUGGAGUUUAUCCGCAUCCCACAGAGUGUGCAUCAUUUUUCAUUUGUCAACAAGGUUAUUCUCAGGUUUUUCAAUGUCCUGGGCAGCUUUUGUUUGAUCCAAUCGAACUAAAAUGCAAUCUGCCGCAUUUGGUUGAUUGUACUCCAACCGAAUCGACUACACAACCGACACAAAUGACGACCGUGCAAACGACAAGUUUCCAAACAACAACGGUUCUGACCACGACUACCACCGUACCUACGACGACCGCACGAACGACGCCAACAAGCGUGACUGUUCCAACAUCUACUGAAACUUCUACGGAAUCUAGUGCACCCACAAUUUUUGGCAGAACUGUUUUUCUUGUUCAAAUAGCUAUUAUAUUGUCGAGAAUGGUAUAGAAAUUAGAAUGUCAUUAAUCGUAAGUCUACAAUUAUAUACAUCAUAGGUGAUACGUAACUAAUAAAUCAAACUAUUCCACAGUAAUGCUUGUUCUUAAACUAAGGACUUGACACUUAAAUAUUUAGAAAAACUAAUAAAUUACAAUAAUUAAUUUAAAAAGUUAA